CACACGUACCGGAAGUAUAUGGGUUUAGUUUGAGUUUAGAAACUGCAAAAGUCUGAACAAGUUGAAGAAGUCGGACGCCCAAAUAAAGAGAUGAUGGAAACGAUAAACAGUGGCUGGUUGCCAAGGCAACUGAUUAUCAAAGCAGCUUUGAUGACAGUGGUAUUUGCAUCAUGCUAUGCACAAUCCAAUAUUUGUUCUGAUGCCAAGACUUGUGGUGCAUGUAUAGUACUAGACCCUUCUUGUGGAUGGUGUACAACCGAGAUCUUUAAAGAUGUCGAUGGAAACAGUUACUCACGAUGUGAUCUCAUUCAGAAUCUAGAACAGAAGGGCUGCGGGGCUAUCAGUAGUCCAAAAAGCACUUCAACAAAAACUAAGGAUGAGCCCCUGAGUGAUGCAGGAAGUCAGUCUACGUCUAGAGCAGUACAAGUCAAACCUCAAGCAGUUAGUCUCAAGCUCAGACCAGGACUACCUGCUGAUAUCACAUUGAGUGUCCGCCAAGCUGAGGACUAUCCCGUUGAUCUUUACUAUGUCAUGGAUUUAUCCAAGUCCAUGGAAGAUGAUCUUAAUAAUUUGAAGGAGCUUGGAAGCACCCUCGCUCAACAAAUGAAAGCCAUCACCAGGAACUUUCGCCUUGGAUUUGGGUCCUUUGUGGACAAGACUGUUAUGCCCUACGUGAGCACCGUACCGUCCAAGUUGCUCCAUCCUUGCUCUGGCUGUGAAGCCCCUUAUGGUUUUAAAAAUGUUCUACCACUCGACAACAAUACUGAUAGUUUUACCAGAAUUGUCAGAUCCCAAAAUGCUUCCGGGAAUCUUGAUGCCCCAGAGGGUGGAUUGGAUGCUCUUAUGCAGGUCACUGUCUGCACGAGUGAGAUUGGAUGGCGUGAUCAGGCUCGUCAUUUAGUGAUAUUCACUACUGAUGCACCAUUUCACUAUGCAGGAGACGGCAAGCUUGGUGGUAUAGUCACCCCUAAUGAUGGUAGAUGUCAUCUCAGUCCAACACAGGAGUACCUCAUGUCCAAGGAAUUGGAUUAUCCAUCAAUCAGUCAGUUGAAUUCCAAGAUGCAGAAGUACAGCAUCAUUCCGAUCUUUGCUGUAACGUUGUCAGAGAUUCAAAUCUACUCUAACUUAACAAGAUUCAUAGAGGGCGCCACAGCUGGCAUCUUAGCAGCUGACUCCAGCAAUAUCGUGGAUCUCAUCAAGGAAAAUUAUGAGAAAAUCACCUCCAAAGUUCAGAUUGUUGACAAUGCUCCGCAGAACAUCACAGUAGAAUAUGUCGCUCAUUGCCUGAGGGGAGAGGUCACGCCAGGGUCAAAGGUUUGCCAAGAUCUUAAACUUGGUGAUACCGUCAACUUUACCCUCUCCAUCACGGCCAAAACGUGUCCUGAGCAGCGUAUACAAACAUUUACCGUUCGACCUGUUGGAUUCAAUGAGGAAAUGACGGUGACUGUAGAAGUGGUGUGUGAAUGUGAUUGUGAAUCAAAAAAUGUGCCAACUAGUGACCAAUGCAGUAUGGGGAACGGAACUUUAGAGUGUGGAUCUUGCGUAUGUAAUGCUGGACGCUACGGUCAGGAAUGUGAAUGCAGUAGCAGUGACGCUGAUCUGGGUGAUAAUGAUUCCUCGUGUAGAGCUGGUAAUUCAUCCAUAGUUUGCUCAGGCAGAGGAUCGUGCGUCUGCGGACAAUGUGUUUGUUUUGAACGACCGAACAAGGACGAGCAAGUGUCGUCAACAUUCUGUGAAUGCGAUAACUUCUCCUGUGACAGGUAUAAGGGAGAACUUUGUGGAGGUCCUGAUCAUGGUGUUUGUGUUUGUGAUGAGAAGACGAAACGAAGCAAGUGUCAAUGUAAACCAGAAUACCAAGGAGACGCGUGUGAAUGCUCAACUCGGACUGAGACCUGUGUGGCGUCAAACGGGCUUUCUUGUAACGGUCACGGUGAAUGCAAAUGCGGUCGAUGUGAGUGUAAUGCAACGACGCCGUAUAGAGGGGAGAGAUGUGAAGAAUGCCCGGCAUGUCCAGGCAAGUGUGAGGUGAAUAGAGAUUGUGUAGAAUGUAAGCAGUUCAAGACCGGGUUGAGUCUAGAGCAGUGCGAUCGCUGUCCAUACCCAGUUAUAGCUGUCGAUGAACUCCCUCCAGUUGAUGAAGUUGAGGAGCGUUGCUUGUACCAUGACGACAAUGAUUGCUCAGUCCUCUUCACGUAUCAGAGCUUAGAAAAUGGGACAUUCCUGCUUCUGGUACAAAAGGAACCUGUGUGCCCAGUACCAGUCAACAGUGCCAUUAUCAUAGCUGGUAUUGUUGUGGGGAUCAUUCUGAUUGGUCUACUGCUACUCAUCAUUUGGAGAAUACUCACUUACAUCCAUGACUCCAGAGAGUACGCGCGAUUUGAGAAGGACCGGGCCAAGGCAAAAUGGGACCAGAGUGAGAACCCAAUCUACAAACCGUCGACUUCCACAUACAAGAACCCACUGUACGGCAAGUAAAGACUCUAUUUUUUUAUCAACGUUGUGUUCGGAUAAAAGUUCGUUAAGUUUGGGUUAACUUUUUGGGUUUAUCAUGAAAAAGUCAAGAGAUAAACUACAGAAGGUUUAAACACACACAAGUACAAUUAACCAUUACGUAAGAGGACACUUAUUGCACUUUCUGUUGUUCCUGUAUUGAAGCAAUCCCUACUGGUUUUGUACACAAAUAACUAGUGAGGACCCAUGAAAACAAAGAACCGAAUAGUGAGGACCUAUUGAAAAAUGUCCUUGGAGGGAAGGCCAAACCAAUCCACUGUUUCAUACACAGGUCAAAGAUAAUCAACAAUUUGUUUGAUGUUGUUUUCUUGUUGUUGUUGUUGUUGUUGUUGUUUUUUUUUUGCAUGCCAAAGCUAAAUUGUAAAAUACUUUUGCUUUGUAAUAUUUGUUUUGUCCAGUGUAAAUCAAUCGUUGUCGUAUGUAUAGGGGAGGAUUUCACAAAGAGUUAAGACGAGUCUUAUCUUGAGUUAGGACGAGUUACUCGUCCUAACUUGGGACUAGCUGU